AUGAUGUCUUCAAUUGCAAUAACUCCCAUGAAUUUGAACAAUGGACGUGAGGGCUGCUAUUACGCUGCAAGUCCAUUAACUAAGCCAUACUUUUCAAUGCCAAAUAGAAUGUUAAUGACACCUGAAACUGCUGAAACGAAAAUUCAAGCGCCGUCCGCCAGGACAGUCCCAACUAAGUCGAAAUCCCUGUCCGAACUCAAUGUAGCGGUGCCGGUCACUUGUGUGGAUCUGGAGGAUACGGACGCUGCAAUACUGGACCAAGUGGUAACCACGAACACGGUCAAAACUGGAAGCCGAUCUUUUAUCAUGUCUUCAAUAAUUACAUUGAACGACAUGGAUUUGGACGAGGCCAAGAGUCGUGAGAGUUUUUACGCUGCAAGUCGACUGACCAAAGUCAAUUUUUCCAUGGCAAAUAUUAUGUCGAUGACAUCCGAAACGACAAUCCAAGUUCUGUCCGCCACGAUUAAUCCCAAUGGAGUUGAAAACCCUGACCGAAUUAAAUUUAGAGAUGUCGGUCACCUGUGUGAAACUGCGGGAUACAGAUGCUGCAAAAACGGACCAGGUGGUAACCAUGAACACGGACAAAUCUAUAAGGGGCGAUCAUUUUGGAAACGUACUAAAAAAUUCUUCAGGCUGCUCGUAGUUCCGAGCAAUUGCUGUUGUGCCAUUGUAGAUGCUGCUAUAUAA